GAUCUCACCGUUCAGUUAGCAUUCAGUUAGCGUUACAAGCGGUUCGUACAGCGGAGCGCGCGUAAAUUCAUUCAGCAGCUACAAAAGUCAAGCGGAAAACUCAAGUUGCAGUUCUUACUCCACCAUCGCCAGCAAUCUCCCACAAGACUCAAGCAAAAUGAGCUGCGGGAUCUCCAUGGUUAAAUACAUCCUAUUUAUAUUCAAUUUGCUAUGUUCGAUAUGUGGCAUUCUGCUGAUCGUUUUUGGAGCUCUGCUGUUCAGCAAAGUUCACAACAUCGAUGAUUUUACGGAGGCCCUGCGAACUCAGCAGGUGCCCGUGACGAUGAUUAUCCUGGGCACCAUCAUCCUGCUGAUUUCCUGGUUCGGCUGCUGCGGGGCCAUUCGGGAAUCCUACUGCAUGUCCAUGACGUACUCGAUUCUGCUGUUCGUCCUGAUGAUUGGCCAGCUGGCCUUGGUUAUUUACAUGUGGGUGCAGAAGGACAAGUACUUGCAAAUCAUGGGCGAUGUGGUGGAGAAGGCUUGGGACCAUCGCACCCGUCACGCCGACUACAUGGAUGCCAUUCAAAUCAGCAUGGAAUGCUGUGGACGCAGUGACUUCUCCGACUACCACUUCCAGGGAAAAUUCCCUCCCUCCUGUUGCAAGGACACAAACAACUGCACCCCGAACACCGUCUACAAGAGGGGCUGCAAAAGGACCUUCGUCGAGUACUGGGAUAGGAACAGCGAUAUCAUCAAAUACGCUGGUCUGGUCAUUGCCGCCAUUGAAUUUGUGGGCUUUGUGUUUGCCUGUUGCCUGGCGAACAGCAUUCGGAACUACCGACGCCGUGCGGACUAUUAAUCUCUGGGCAGGAGAGCCCUUCACUAAUUUUAAUGAAACCGAAAGUACGAAUUAUGUUGCCCAAUUUUACGAUGAUAUCACCUGACACAGAUGGCCAUUCAAAUUUACAUAAGCUCAAGUUUACGCAGAAGAUCCCAUGACGAAUUCGAGAUGAUCCUUUUUGUAAGGUCGUCAGUUGAGAGUUACAUUGAUUGUGCUAAUAUUUUUAACUGUACAAACUAAUUUAUACUCCUAGAGAUUGCAAUAAACUGAGAAAUUUAUUAUA